UCUUUAAUCUCAGUACUCAGGAAGCAGAGGCAGGUUAUCUCUGUAAAUCUGAGGUGAGCUUGGUCUGUACAGUAAGUUAUAAGGUAGCCAGGGAUACAGAGAGACUCACUGUCUUUAAAAGAUGUUAAUUAAUAAAUAACAAAAACUGGCUUAGUUUCUGAAGUAAAUCUCUCAUAAUUAUCACAUGAUGGCAUUGAUUCGUGAUCGAAGGUCUCAUCACCCAGAGAUGAACAAAUGCCAUAAUUAUGACCUCAAGCCAGCAAAGUGGGAUGCUUCUCAAGGGCAGCAGAAACAAAGAUCAGCACUAACUACCAACCAAAGUGGAGAAAAUGGUAUCAUAAGAGGAAGAUUCCCCAUAGGAGAACUCAAAAAAUCUAAUCUCUUUCUAGAGGGUUACUGUGGCCCAUGUCCUAACAACUGGAUAUGUCACAGAAACAACUGUUACCAAUUUUUUAAUGAGAAUAAAACCUGGAACCAGAGCCAAGCUUCCUGUUUGUCUCAAAAUUCCAGCCUUCUGAAGAUAUACAGUAAAGAAGAUCAGGAUUUCUUAAAGCUGGUUAAGUCCUAUCACUGGAUGGGACUGGUCCAGAUCCCAGCAAAUGGCUCCUGGCAGUGGGAAGAUGGCUCCUCUCUGUCACCCACCCAGUUAACACUGAUAAAAAUUCCAAACGGAUCCUGUGCUGUCUAUGGCUCAAGCUUUAAGGCCUACACAGAAGACUGUUCAAAUCUAAACACGUACAUCUGCAUGCAAAGGGCAGUGUAAGAAUUCUAAGAGAAUUGUCUUGCAAGCAAUGGACUAAUAAGAAGAGUGCUGACUGUUCUUCUAGAGGUCCUGAGUUCAAAUCCCAGCAACCACGUCGUGGCUCACAACCAUCUGUAAUGAGAUCUGAUGCCCUCUUCUGGUGUGCCUAAAUAUAUUUAUAUAUAAUAAAUAAAUCCUUUUAAAAAGAGAAAGAGAGAAAACAUAACACAAACAUAAAACAGAGUCUGUGCCCUCCACAGAAUGAUUAAUUGAACAAAAUGUGUCCCAUAAAACAUGGGAAGCAGGUGGGGUCAGGGAAUUAUGAGCAGGGAUUAGAGGGAGCAGGAGGACCAAGAGUGCAGUUGAGGCCUAUCCAAACCUGGAAAAUCUGGUCCUGCCAUACUGGAGGAGGCCAUGUUGCCCAGGAGCCUCUCCCCUUAUAAGGUCAAGUCCAUCAGCACCUGGAAUUUCUCUCAUAUAUCCCCUACUCCCUUCCUUUUUAAAAAUAUUUUCUAUAUUCUUUGUUUACAUCCCAAAUGAUUUCCCCUUUCCUGGUUCACCCGUUUCCAUAAGUCCCAUAAGCCCUCUUCCCUCCUCCCCAAUCAACCCCCUCCCACUUUUCUGUCCUGGUACUCCCCUACAAUGCUGCAUCAAGCUUUUCCAGGACCAGGGCCCUCUUCUUCCUUCUUCUUGGGAAUGAUUUGAUAUGUGAGUUGUGUCUUGGGUAUUCAGAGCUUAUCACUUAUCAGUGAGUGCAUUCCAUGUGUGUUCUUUUGUGAAUGAGUUAUCUCACUUAGGAUGGUAUUUUCCAGUUCCAACCAUUUACCAAAGAAUUUCAUGAAUUCAUUGUUUUUCAUUGCUGAGUAGUAUUCCAUUGUGUAAAUAUACCACAUUUUCUGUAUCCAUUCCUCCAUUGAGGGACAUCUGAGUUAUUUCCAGCUUCUGGCUAUUAUAAAUAGGGCUACUAUGAACAUAGAGGAGCAUGUGCCCUUAUUGCAUGCUGGGGAAUCCACCGGGUGUAUGCCCAGGAGUGGUAUAGCAGGGUCCUCCGGAAGUGUCAUGUCCCUCUACUCACUUCCUAAAGGCUUACAUAGACCUUUUCCCCUUAAUUAAAUGAGCUAUUUCAUUUAAGAUA